AUGAAUGAAAUUGAAAUAGCUGCUACAUUACAUGUACAAUACCGGGCUCUGCAGUGUUGCAUUCUAUCAUACUAUAUCAAAAUGGCCACAGCGGUACAGAACCCCCUCAAAUCGCAAUCUGGAGGUGCAGUCAUCAAGAACAGUCUUGGUGAGGAGUUCUAUAAGGAGGCCAUCGAACACUGUCGCAGCUACAAUGCCCGUCUGUGUGCUGAGCGCUCCAUGCGUCUCCCCUUCCUGGACUCCCAGACUGGCGUUGCCCAGAGCAACUGUUACAUCUGGAUGGAGAAGAACCACCGUGGACCAGGUCACGCUCCAGGUCAGCUCUACACGUACCCCGCUCGCUGCUGGCGCAAGAAGAGACGACUAAACAUCCUGGAGGACCCACGGCUUGUACCGAUCGAGUUCAAGAUUGACUACGAGGCUUCUCUAAAGAAAGAAGGGGGCAUCCCAGACGGUCCCGUGCUAGAGUCGCUGCUUGCCGGGGAAACCCUGGACAAGAAGGUAGAAACCAAGGAGGAGGAGCCAAUGAGCGAGUGUCAGAAACUGCUGGUUGGAGAUUUCCCUCAUGAGCUGGAGAUGGACGAGAUGGAGGAAGACAUCCCAAAGCGCAAAAACCGUACCAAAGCACGGGCCUAUGGGGUCGGAGGCAUGAGGAAGAGACAAGAACCACCUGCCAUAGAAGACAGAGACAAGCCUUACGUCUGUGACAUCUGUGGGAAGCGCUAUAAGAACCGCCCAGGGCUGAGUUACCAUUACACUCACACACACCUGGCAGAUGAAGAGGGGGAAGAAGACGCUGAGCGACACACACUACCCUUCCAGCGCAAGAAUAACCACAAGCCCAAGAAAGCAGCAGACGGCUCAGUGAUCGCCAACGGCUAUUGUGACUUCUGCCUCGGGGGCUCAAAGAAGACGGGCUGUCCUGAAGAUCUAAUCUCCUGUGCGGACUGUGGACGCUCAGGCCACCCAUCCUGUCUGCAGUUCACAGUGAACAUGACGGCUGCGGUGAGGACUUAUCGCUGGCAGUGCAUCGAGUGCAAGUCCUGCAGUCUGUGUGGCACCUCUGAGAACGACGAUCAGCUGUUGUUCUGUGAUGAUUGCGACAGAGGCUACCACAUGUACUGCCUGAGCCCUCCUAUGUCUGAACCACCUGAGGGGAGCUGGAGCUGUCAUCUGUGUCUGAGACAUCUGAAGGAAAAGGCCUCAGCCUACAUCACCCUCACUUAA